UGUGAAGAAGACAUCUGGUGUGUGUGAGACACCCAGCAGCCAUCCCCGUGUGUCAGGAGGACUGAGCAGGUCCCAGAGCCCUAUCACGGUGCCUCCACCUCACUCACUGAUACAUGAGAGACACAGUGACCAGAAGAUCCAGGAACUCACCAACAAGAUCAUUCAGGACGGGCAGUAUAUAGAGGAACACAUGGGUCUGUACAAGGACAUGAUGAUGGAGAAUCACCGGCCCCUCACAUCACUAGAUGGGCCCAGUAACAGAGAUACCCCAGAGAGAUGUCCCCGUCCUCUGUAUUCCCAGGAUUGUACAGAGGAGAAUCACAGGAUCCCACAGGAGGAUCAGGAUGAAUGUCUCACUGACAUUAUGAUAGAAGAUACAGAGGGAGAAGAAGAGACGUAUGUGACUGAUAUAAAGGCAGAAGAUAUAGAGGGAGAAAAAGAGACGUAUGUGACUGAUAUAAAGGCAGAAGAUAUAGAGGGAGAAGAAGAGACGUAUGUGACUGAUAUAAAGGCAGAAGAUACAGAGGGAAAAGAAGACACGUAUGUGACUGAUAUAAAGGCAGAAGAUUCAGAGGGAGAAGAAGACACGUAUGUGACUGAUAUAAAGGCAGAAGAUAUAGAGGGAGAAGAGACGUAUGUGACUGAUAUAAAGGCAGAAGAUAUAGAGGGAGAAGAAGAGACGUAUGUGACUGAUAUAAAGGCAGAAGAUAUAGAGGGAGAAGAAGAGACGUAUGUGAGGGGUGAUCAGCAGUGUAAGGAGGAGGAGAUCCCUACAGAUAUCGGCAAAGAUGGACAGACAAGCAGGAAUAUCUCAGAAGGACAUCUAAUGUUAUCCCCGGAUUGUGACAUAAAUGAUAAUGACAGUAGACAGGAUUCUCCAGGAGAUAACCCCAUUACCCCAAUUAUACAUCCAGCUCUAUCAGCUGAUCCCUCUGAUCCUGGGAAAUGUUCUCCUGAUCACUCUGAUAUUGGUGCAUCUGUUACAGCUCUGACAGUAGAUAUGGAGUUUCCCUGUUCUAUAGAUGCCAAAUGUUUUAUACAGAACACAAAGCUUAUUAUCCAUCAGCCAGCUAAGGCAGGUGAGAAGCCAUUUCCAUGUUCUGAGUGUGAGAAAUGUUUUACACAGAAAUCAGAUCUUGUUAAACAUCAGAGAAGUCACACCGGUGAGAGACCAUUUUUUUGCUCUGAGUGUGGGAAAUGUUUUAUCCAGAAAUCACAUCUUGUUACACAUCAGCGAAGUCACACGGGUGAGAGGCCAUUUCCAUGUUCUGAGUGUGGGAAAUGUUUUGCACGGAAAUCACAUCUUGUUGCACGUCAGCAAAGUCACAAAGAUGAGAAGCCAUUUCCAUGUUCUGAGUGUUGGAAAUGUUUUACACGGAUAUCACAUCUUGUUACACAUCAGAGAAGUCACACAGGUGAGAAACCAUUUUCUUGCUCCGAGUGCGGGAAAUGUUUUACACAGAAAUCACAUCUUGUUAAGCAUCAGCGAAGUCACACAGGUGAGAAUACAUUUCCAUGUUCUGAGUGUGGGAAAUGUUUUACACAGAAAUCAGAUCUUAUUAAACAUCAGAAAACUCACACAGGUGAGAAGCCAUUUCCAUGUUCUGAGUGUGGGAAAUGUUUUGCACGCAAAGCAGAUCUUGUUAAACAUCAGAGAACUCACACAGGUGAGAAGCCAUUUUCUUGCUCUGAAUGCGGGAAAUGUUUUACACAGAAAUCAAAUCUUGUUAAACAUCAGCGAAGUCACACAGGUGAGAAUCCAUUUCCAUGUUCUGAGUGUGGAAAAUGUUUUGCAUACAAAUCAGAUCUUGUUAAACAUCAGAGAAGUCACACAGGUGAGAAGCCAUUUUCUUGCUCUGAGUGUGGGAAAUGUUUUACCUGGAAAUCACAACUUUAUACACAUCUUCGAAGUCACACAGGUGAGAAGCCAUUUCCAUACUCUGAGAAGUAAAUCAGCUCUUGUAGACAUCAGUCAGGUGAGAAACCAUUUUAAUCUUCUGGGGUAUACUUAUUGCCAUAUGAUGUUCUUCAAGAUUCUUAUCCUAUCUCCUAUGCUUUUUGCAAUAUACAUGCUACCGCAUGGUGAAAUAAUCAGACGUCAUGUACUCAUCUACCACUGCUAUGAAGAUGAUCUGUCUUUUGCUCAGGGUACUGAGAACCCAGUACCAAUCCUAAAUGGUUGUCUAGUUGAGCUCCAG